UAACAAUCAAUUAUUAAUGAUGAUUUCAUUGAAAAAAAAGAUUUUCGCUGCUGAUGAAGCAACAGCAGCUUCCUCAAGUUUAUCAACAGUGACUACCUAAAAUUGUGAUUUAGAUGACUUUGAUCUUUCUGAUAGCGAUAGAGAAGACUACCACAACAAUGUAGACAUUCUCUUUGUCUUGGAUACCACUGGAUCAAUGGGGCCUUACAUUCCUUAGGCAAUGCUAACUAUAUAAAAAAUUGUUGAGAAGUUUUCUAAAAUGGAAUUCAAUAUAAAAUUCUCUCUUUGUACAUAUAGAGAUCAUCCACCUUAAGAUACCACUUAUGUAACCGAAUUUUUUGAUUUGACAUCUGCCAAGUAGCUUAUUACCACAUUAAAAUCUGUGUAAGCUGCAGGUGGGGGAGAUGGACCUGAAGCUGUGAUGGACGGUUUACGUGAAGGUCUCUCCAAAACUUCUUGGAGGUUGAGUGAAGAUAAUGUCACUAUUUCCAAAAGAUUUAUGUUUCACAUAUGUGAUGCUCCUCCUCACGGGCAAGAAUAUGGAGGUUCAAGUAGUGAUCCUGCUUGGUAGAAGAAUGGUUGUCCGUGUGGAACAAACAAAGAUGAUAUCAAUUCCUUAUUGAAAAAACAUAAAGUAGACUAUCACUUAAUAAAAGCAGUUAGUGCUGUAGAUAAAAUGGAAAAUAUUUUUAAAAAUUGCUUUUAAGAAAAUUAUGCUGAAACUAUCGUUUUGACUAAAACAGCUGUUAAUAAUUCAAAAUCAAAAAAAUCUCUUUGUAAGAAAGACAUAAAGCGUAAAGUAGCAGUUAAAGAAUGUGAUGAUGAUGACGAUGAUGAUACUAAAGAAAAAGAAAAAUGCAUAGAUGAUAAAAAAGGAGAGAAAAAAGCUGAAGAAACUGAAGAAGGUACAAUGUGGACAGGAGUUCUUGGAGCUUUAAAGAAAAAACUAAUGUGAAAUUAGAAAAAGUUUUAAUUAAUUUAAUAAUAAAAUACUUAAUAAUUAAAAAUGUAAAAUAAAUAUAUCUAUAUAAUAUAAUAAAUUAAAUUGAUUGAUUGAUGAUUAAUGAUAUUUUAAAUGUUAAAUAACUAAAUUUUAUUAAUUAUUUCAAAUUAAAUAAAUUUAUAUUUUAGAAUUUAAAAUUAAUUGAUAAUUUUUAGUUUUAAAGUUUGGUGAUUGAAUGAAGAA